CUGAUUUCAAAGCAUUUCAGUUUGAGGAGAGAGAGCAGUGCUUUGCUUUUGCUUCUCUCUCUACUUUUGCUUCACAACUAUUCUGUCUAUAAAUAAUUUAUUGAUUAUUUCAAGAAAUCAUAGCCACCAUCAUCUUUAUUUAUUGUUGUAACAAUCAAAUUUAAUUCUAGUGUAUUGGUUGUAAUCUUCCAGUUUUGUUUUGAGUUUAUAGUGGUCUUAUAUCUUUACUUUUUUCUGUUGUGUGUACAUUUGAUGGCAACGGUUCUCAAAAGGCAAGAAUCAAGGAGAAGGUUAGCAGCAAUCACUUUCCUUUCCAACAUUUCAUUGGAUGGUACCCACCGGGAUACAAAGUUGGCCCCAUUUGUUAUAAAUAACAAUCGAGAUAAUUACCUAGAAGGCUCAUUUGCUUACAACAGUAAACCAUAUCAACCUACAUUUCCAUCAUCUGAUCACCAACAUAAAGAGUCUCACCAACAACUAAGCGGUUUAGUGCCACUUCACCAGCCAGAAGAUAAACAAAAUCAACAUCCACAAGAAUUAGAGAAUUCAGAGAUCCAUUUGCAAAGACCAGACCGAAAUAAUUCUGACUCUUUAUGGUCGGGCAAUUGCAGUACAGAUUUGAACGCGUCUAAGUUUGGUAAAAUAGAUGAAAAUGGUGAAUUUAAUGAUGUAUCACCUUCACAUUCAAGACGACAAAGUUGCUCAUUUCCUCUCGGUCAUCAUUCUUCAAAAGAUAUCCGAAACUCAGUUGAUCCUAGUGAAAAAGCUGCUAAUUCAGAUAUUCGAGGUGUUUUAUCAUCGGUUGGUAGCUGCAAACGUAGUCGACACAAUUUGUUAUCAUCGUCAAGUAUCUUAAAUCAUCAGUUGAAUAGCUGUGAAAGCAAAUUGUCAAUUGCAACUCAACAAUCUCUCAGAUCGAGAAAUGGUUCUUUGAAUAGAGGUGGAAAUGAUGUACCUCUGAACUCUGGUAAAGCUACUACUGAGCAACGACAUCAGGUUCGCUUCCAACAUUCAUUGAGAGAGCAAACAGUUCAAAACGAGAAAAUAGUGUUUGUCGCUUCGAAAAGGGCUCCGGUUGCCUUAUUUUCAUACAUACCCUUUUCAAGGAAAUCUAACAAUUCACUCAACAGAGAAAUAAAACAGGACUUAAUAAAUAAAAGAAGACAUGGACCUGGAAGUGUCAGACAAUUGUCCACUAUCAGUGAUGGCCCAGACCCAACCGAUGUGUGCAUGGUUGGAUUCGAGAAACCUUCCGAUGGACUGGAAGUUUCCUAUUCAAAUUUACUUAGUCCAACAAUUAAACUAAUUCAUGGUAAAAAGGCUAAAAUCCACACAACGGAACAUAAUUUUGUCAACCGCUGUAUGUCUUAUGACUCUACUGCUGCAUACUCUGGAAAACAAUCUGUUAUAAAUAAUCACUAUCUAUUGCAUCAAUUAACUGCACCUUCGGUAUUAAAUGACUCUGAAUCAAAUCUUUUAAGAGACAAACAGCAGUAUUAUGGGUACCCUACAGCCUUUCUCAAGUACAAUCCAGAUAUUCUUGAUGAUCCAGAAUUGAUUACUGGUAAACAUAGUACUCUAUUAGAUUUUCCAUCCUAUUUGACUUCGAUAAUAAAUUACGUUAAACCUUCCGAUCUUAAAAAGGAACUGAAUGAGAAAUUCAGAGAAAGAUUUCCAUACAUCCAGUUAACCUUAAGUAAAAUGAGGAGUUUAAAACGAGAUAUGUGCAAGAUUGCCAAGCAUGAGGGUAAUAUUGAUUACUUAACUGUGGCUCAGGCGUAUGUUUACUUUGAGAAAUUGAUCCUCAAAUGUUUAAUCAAUAAACAAAAUCGGAAACUUUGUGCUGGCGCUUGUUUACUUCUCUCUGCGAAGUUAAAUGACAUUAAAGGAGUCGAACUUAAAAAACUAAUUGAGAAAAUCGAGAAUACAUUUAGAGUGGAUCGUAAAGAUUUAUUUGCUAUUGAGUUUACCGUUCUUGUGGCCCUUGAAUUUGGUCUACAUUUACCCAUCAACGAAACUCUUUCCCAUUACCAGAGACUCAUGUUUGAAACUUAAUCAUUGAUAACCAGCCAAUAUCAUCUUCAUCUUUAUGUCAUCUUCAUCUUAACAAUGUAAAUACUGGGAUGAAUACUAGGACUGAUGGAGUCAAAGUUUUCCUUUGCCACGCUUUUGUAAGCUCAGCUAAGAUUGAGAUUUCAAGAUUAUUGUUAAAGUAAUCGACAAAAUGCUUAAUAAGACGGCAAACUACGUCAUGGAAUAGUUAAUGUGUUACUGAUAUGGUCCAUUGAAGUGAUCCUAUCGUCAUAAAAUGAUCACUUGCAAUGACACACGAGGAUCAUGCUAACUAUUACCACCAAUAAGACGGAAUCAUUCAAAUCUUCUUUCAAGUUCAAUUUUCGUUUCAUCUUGUCUAUACGUGUUGUUAUCAAAAGUCGAAUAACAGAUUAUACCUGGAUUUAACAGAAAUUAAGAUGCCUUGUACUUAAUUCCAAUCCAAGUGGAAUCUGUAUUAGAAGUCAAAAUUGUUGAUCAUUAUAUGCCAAACUAUUUGUCUGGAGAUUAGUGGAAAAGUCAGAAAUUAUCCCUUUGAAACACGUUGAAAAAUGUCUUUUAAUUCAUUGUUAUUCUUUUACAUUUUAAAAUUCAGAUGGUUUAAUCUAUUAAUAUCUAUUAUCCUCAUUAUUAUUAUUAUUAUUAAUUCUUAUUGCUAUUAUUAUUACCAUUAUUCUAGAUAUGUAUUCUACGUUGAACUCUGUCAAAGAAAGCAUUAUCGAUGAGAAAAUAUAUAAAUAUAACUUCUUAUACAUGAUUGAUAAAUUAAUUUAGAAAUUUGUUCACAAAUUAAAGUUUAUAUUUAAGAAAA